AUGGACGACAAACUAUACGAAUUGUUCCAAAAAACACUGAUAGAAAAUUCGAAUGUGAAUAUCUAGAAGAUUGUAUAAGGAUAAGCAAGAGUGAUACAAUAGAAUACUCAACCAUUAGGUUAAAAAAAUGAGUCCAUUUCAAUAAAAGAUGUUUAGAAGAAGUUGGAAGCCAUAGAAAAGAAUUUAAUGAUCUAGGAUUCAGCCAGGAAAAGGAGAACAUCUCGUUAUCAUUCUAAAAAGUGUAGCAUUAAAAUUAAUACUCAAAAUGGGUCGGAUUCUCCAUCUCCAUAUUAAUUGGACUUUGAAGAUGCAAAGGAAUACGAAGUUGAUAUUUUAAGAAAGGAGAAUCAAAGACUAUAAGAACGCUUAGAAUAAUUGAAAUCAUAAAAUGGUGAUGAAAAUUCAGAGGAUUUGAAUCGUGAAAGAGAGACUCUUCAAAAGAUGAAAAAGGAUUACUAAAUCAAAGACGAUGAAUUGAAGAUUCUAAAUAACAAAUUAGAUCUCUUGGAAAUUGAUUUAAAUAAGAAACAUUCACUAUUAUUACAGAAAUCUAAGAAACUGGAAGUUUAACAAUAGACUCUAUAAAAGAAUGAAGAACAAAUCAAAGAAAAGAGGGAUUGCAUUGAUGCAUUACAAUAACAAAUCAAUUUAAAUAUUUCAUAAGUGAUUUCAUUGAAUAAAAAUGAAUUAAAACUAAAAUUACCACAGAAACUAGGAGUUCAAUUAGAUAAAGACAAGUAGCUUAACAAGAGUAUCUAUGUUUAAGAUAAUUGA